AUGCUCGGAAGUAAUCUUAAAUGGAAUACGCAGGUUGACGACAAAACAAAAAAGGCGUGUAAAAGGUUGUAUGCAUUAAGAGUACUAAAGAAGGCUGGAUUGCAGGAAAGGGAACUUGUUCUAGUGUAUAAGUCGAUGAUUCGACCUAUUCUAGAAUAUGCUGUUGAAGCCUGGUCUGACUUCCCACAGUAUGUAAGUGACAAGUUGGAAAGAGUACAGAAAAGAGCUCUCUGGAUUAUAUAUCCUGGUAGUGACUAUGGCGAAGCAUUAAAUAUCUCUAAAUUGGAAAGUCUUAAAGACAGGAGAGUAGACUUAUGUAAGAAGUAUAUAAAUAAACUUAAAGAUCCGUCCCAUACUCUACAUCAUUUAACAAAAACAUACUAUACGAAUACACACGGUUAUAACUAA